GCUACCAUCGGGCUGACUACCAUCCUAGUAAGCGCGGCAGCAGCGCGUCCUUUGCUGUCUGGAUACAGUUGGAAAACGCACUGCUUUGUUCACGCGUUACUAUGCGCUUUGCGCUCCGCUGCCACCGGUAGCUAUCGCCUGGCCCAUAGCAGCCUGCGUCCGCAUCUUCCAAUAUAGCUCGCAGCUCUUGUUCGAUCCUCGAACUCCUUUCCCGGUGAACGCACAUCUAUUCUAUUUUGUGCCAUUUCGAGUCUUGCAUCUCGCAUCUCGCUCCAGCAUCGUUACAAAGCGGAUCCGUUCCGCUGGGAUCCUCGACGCUUGCCUUCGACGGGAUCGCUGUCUUCAAAGAUAGUGACAGCACGGCACAAGGAUCACCCCUGAAUGAAGAAGACUGGCCGUCCCCAGAAGAUAGGACGACUGUGAAGAUCGUACUAUUGCUGUGACAGAAGAUCAUCGACAAGCAAGGAGAAUCACCGAGAGCCAAAGUAACAGCAGCAACACGGUGGUAAUAUAUGAGGUGGAGAUACUAUUACCCAGCCUUUGGCAUCUGUACAAUAGUUUGAAGCGGAUCUAAUUGCAGUAGACUACUGUGUUCAAGCCUAAACCUAAAUCUGUUCGUGCAGAACAAGAGCGACACGCCGGAAAUGUAAUUAGGAACAAGGAAAACUAAUAACAAACAACGAUAAAAAAUCAAAUUAGCGGUAAGAAGUGCAACCAGCCCAAUCCUGUUUGCUCUGUACAUUUCCUUACCGGUGACCGGAAUUUUUUCAUUUGAGAAGUGCAUAAAUGGGAUUGUUUUCACAGCUUGACAGGCUCUAGGAAACGUCUGUUGCCGAAUUUUGGAGGAAAAACAGGUGCAAAGAAAUACAGAAGUUCGCCAAGAAGAAAGUUAAUACGCGGGUGGCAGGAACGCGAAGGUAUCGAAUCUUUUGUUUUCCUUACCCCUUUAAUCUAUCUUAUUUUUAUCAUGUACAUCUACAUGGAUUGGCCAACGAGCUAGCCAGAGCGCGUAACACCGUAAAUGUAACUGAUCGUUGAUCUUUUUUCAAUUACGACGCACAUCGAUUUGCUUCUGCCGCCUCUAGCGUGUUACCUUCCGUAACCUUUUUCAUCGUACGCUUCUUUUAUGCCUUUGGUCGAGUGCGAUUUCUUUUUCUGUUUCCUUCGGUACGGUGUCUCACGAGAUCUCUCUGACAGAAUCCAAGACACAUCAAACCGUUAGUGUCAAACCCGUUUUCCAGUCUUGCGUCAUUGACGUUACACGAAACAAAGAUCAGUAGCAGCGGGAAUAGGGAAUGGCUCAUAGAAAAAGGAAUAUCUGCUUUUACUUAGUUGUUCGUUCUUGAUACCUUUAUGUGGUAUGGGACCUAAACAACGUUUAAAAAGCCUACCAUAAAACUCAUAACCAUAAACAGCGUUGAGGAGCUACCAGCCCGUUCCGAGUGGGCGGAAAAAAAUAAGUUGGUAAAUGUUCGAUAGAUGCGUAACAGUGAACGGAUACCUUAACUGAAAGAAAAUUUUGUUCAGGAUGCAACGAUUUGUGAUUUUUAUAAGUCCUACUGUUUUUGUACCUACGGAUAUAGUGUACAGUGCCGCUGAGCUCAGUUCCGUGUAGAGAACAUGUGAAAAUGUAUAACACUGAAUCAUAAUUGAAUGCGUAAGCUGUGUCAACGGAUCGAUGAGUUGGACACAUAUCAACCGGUACAAUGCACGUAAAUAUUGUCACUGUUAUCCAACAGACUACAAAGUAAUUUAGGCGGGUCCAUAACGAAGAGACACCGGUACAGUUACCACACGUUUGGCAAGCGGCUGCCGUAAGAUCUAGAGGAGACGAGGGAAUUCUACGAUUCCGUAGUGCGGCUGUAAAGCUUCGAUUACCUAGGAUCGUAUUGCUUGCUGAUCAUACCUAUAAAAGCUCGAAAAAAGCCAAAAUGCAUCUUACGCGACUCAGUCCGGAACCGCUCUUCAAAGAGAUCACCGUGCUUCGUACAAUUUGCAUGAUGUUGGGGAGUCUAGGCAAGAAAGGGCCGACGACUACGAAGAGUUUUAGAAGCCGACGGCGAGCUUCAAAGGCAGAAAAGCUACUUGAAUCAAUAACAAUAUGCAAUUUGUUCCGUUAUGCUACAUUGAAGGAUAAGCUGUUUGCCAUGGUGGGUCUGACAGCGGCUCUGUUGGCCGGGGCAGUCACUCCAUUGGCUCUUGUCUGUAUGUCUUCAUUAAUCGACCUGUUCGUAAUAGAUCAUCUAUAUAACAACCGCACACUACUCAACGAUACCCAAGUACCAUGGCAAGAGUUGCUUGAAGAUUCGCCAUUUGGUGGACAUCUGAUAGGAGAUUUCUGGGAGAGGUCGAUACUUCUUAUCUACUGCCUGGUAGGGUGCGUCUUUGGAUUGUUCGUCUUUAACGGCCUCUUGGAGGUUCUUCUUAGUCGUGCGGGAGCCAAGCAAGCGUUCCGGAUCCGUUUAAUAUUCAUGGAAAGUGUCCUGCAUCAAGAGCAGAAAUGGAUUCAGGCCAACAUCGAUGACGCCUACGUGCGAGCACGUCUCGAUGUGUGGCUAUCGUUUUUUUCACUCAGGGAUCUCGACAGCAUUGAAGACGGGCUGGGAAGCAAGCUUGGUCUGUUUGUUUCGAACUCCUGUACAUUAAUUGUCUGCACCCUUACCGCAUUCGCCACGAAUUGGGCCCUUUUCCUCCUUAUGCUCAGUCCGCUACCGAUAUUUUUAUUGCUGGUGGUGUUUAUCGGCCAGCGUGUUUCCUUGCAUCAACGUAAGGAGGGCGAUCAGCUUCAGAUUGCGGCAUUCACCGCUAGCGAAGCGAUCCACAACAUUCGAGCUGUGGUUGCCUUCGGCGCUGAAGAUAAGGAAGUUCUCAAAUUUAGCCGUCGUUUAGAUGGCAGUCAACGCCAUGCGUACCGCAAGCUGGUGUGGCUGAGUGCAUCAUCAUCCCUCAUCUGGUUCUUUUUGUACGCAUGCUAUGCCUUAGCAUUUUGGUACGGUCUAAGCAAUCAGCUGCUAUCUGAUCGAGAAAGAUCGAUGCUCCCAUCACACGUUCUCUGCCCCAUCUUUAAUCUUGCGCUGGCACUUCUCAGUGCUGCAAAACUGGUUAGUUAUGGAGGGACGUUUCGAAGGGCGCGCGCGGCAGCCAAAAGGAUCUUCAGUAUUGCAGACCAAGUUGCGUUCCGGAAUGAGUCCGAUACAGGUGACGUAGGCCUUGAGUGCGCCGGUGAGGUUACAUUCGAUUCAGUAUCUAGUCCUCAUUCCGCCACGCCGCUACGCACUGUCUCGUUUACACUGUUCGCUGGUCAACGUCUUUCGCUGUAUGACGCGUCCUGGGAAAAGGACCAGCCUCAUGCGAUCGUAGACAUGCUCUUCAGGUUUUCGGACCCUUCUUAUGGACAGGUGUUCAUUGACGGUAAGGAUAUCCGUUCGUAUAACGUUGGCUGGCUAAGGGCUCGAAUGGCCGUAGUGCGUUCAAAUCCUGUUUUGUUCGCUGCAACUAUUGCUGACAAUAUCCGAUAUGGAAAUCCAUUCAUUCAACAGAGCGACAUCGAGCACGCCGCGAUAGCCGCUCAAGCGCACAAAUUUAUUAAUAAGUUACCUAGAAAAUACAACACCGUGUUAUCGCCGUGCGGAGCUCCACUUUCACUAGGUCAACGACAAUUGAUAUGCGUGGCGCGGGCUAUAGCUCGAAACGCCUCGAUCUUAGUUCUUGAAAAUCCCGGACAUAAUCUUCGGGGAGAUGCUGCCGCAAUGGUAAUACAUGCCAUGGAAAAUGCAAUGGAGGGGCGAACAUCGAUUCUGAUCUCGAAUAAAGCCUUCAAGCUGAGAGACCACGAGAGAAUUAUUGUUCUUGAACAAGGCAAGGUGGUUGAAGAAGGAAGCUACGCAGAGCUUGUAGCUAAUAAAGGAGUUUUCGAACAGCAUCUCAAAAAGGAAUUACACGAGAUGAAGGAGUUGGGCCUUUCGCCACUUGGUGAGGUACUUCCUCCGGCAGGUAGCAUUCUCGACCGCCAGGUCUCAUCGUUACUUGAACAAGAUGCUUCCACUGAACAUAAUGAAGGAUUCAAUCAAGAAGCUCACCUUAAAGCAAGCUAUAAUCAUCGUGAGCUUAUCUCGCUGCUGAGGGAACAUAUACCCAUGGUAUCAGUCGGGUGUAUAUUCGCAACUCUAUCUGGCGUUUCGCUCUCGCUGUAUGGCGUCGUUUUCGGAGAUAUGUUGUCGUCCUUCCUGCUUCUGCAUGACAAAUCUGCUCUAAAGUCAUUUAUUCUUACACAGUGCGCACAUCUUAUUGUCCUUGGAAUUUUUACAUCAAUAGUUGCAUUCUUCCACAGCUGGGCGUUCACCCUUGUCGGCGAGCGCGUUGGCAGUCAGCUAUUGAAAACAGCGUAUGAGAGCGUCCUGCGUCAGCCGAUGGCGUGGUUUGAUAAUCCCAAAAACGAAGUAACUGACGUUAUACGCAUCAUACUGACUGAUGUCGGACAGGUGAAGCUUUUAAUUGGGCCUCUGCUGACGCUGCUGUUUCAAGGUACUUCAUCACUUGUCUGUUGGCUUGCGCUCGCCUCCUACUUUUACUGGCGACUCGGAUUAUGCGCGUUGUCGUUUGCGCCGGCGAUCCUGUUUGCCGUGUUCUUUGAACAUUAUGUGCUCGGAUCGCGGACACGCAAAGAUCAAGACGACAAAAGUCGCCAUUUGGCAUUAGAUAUCAUCAGCAAACUGAGUACUAUCAAAUCACUUCAUCAAGAGCAGGUCUUCUGCGCGGCGUACGCAGUGGCCGUAACGGGGACAUGGAACAAUGGACUAACCCACAGCAUCCGUAACGGAUUUUUGUAUGCGGUAUCUCAAGCAGUCCCCCUUCUAAGUUACACUGUCAUAUUCUACAUAGCGUGUCAUUCUAUCAACUUGCAACAGCUUAACGAUUUCACAGAGGUAUUCAAACUCACCGAAAGCAUUAUCUUUGGAGUAUUGUUACUCGCGCAGUCGUUGGCCGUAUUUGCUCCGAAUUUUUCGCAGGCGCGCCAUGGCGCCGCAUUUGUACUCGCGCUAAAGAAGGGACUAAGGAAUCUGUACGGAACCGACCGAAAAUUCAUCGACGAUAGUAAAGAGGUGUGCGAUGGCGUCGUUUCAUUUCGUUCUGUGGACUUUCGUUAUUCAUCGUGCACGUACAUCUUUACUCAGGAUCAGAUGAUUCUUCGAGGAGUGUCUUUCGAAGCAGCUCCUGGACAGAUCAUUGCCCUGGCCGGAGAGCCUGGCAGUGGCAAACGGGCAUGUCUUGAACUUCUUCAGCUCUUCGAUAAACCAACGGGGGGAGAAAUCUUACUGGAUAAAAAGCCUAUACGGAGCCUGGAUGUCUCAUGGGUCAGACAGCAAAUGGGCAUAGUAAAUCUGGAGCCGCACUUUUUUCUCGACACGAUCUGGGCUAACGUUGCUUAUGGCCAGAGUAGAAGCCAUGUCACGAAUCAAAUGGUAGUCACGGCCUGUCAACGCAGUCGGGUCCACGAUUUCAUUAUUAAGCUUCCCCAAGGCUAUCAAACUCUAUUGGACUCAUCCGGAACUCAAGGGCAGGCUAUUGGCCCCACACAAAAGGUUCUACUAUCUAUUGCGAGAGCCGUGCUUCGUGAACCGAAAAUUUUGCUGGUUGAUCAGUCUGGCUGGAGCGACUUGCCCGAGGAUGAGAUUAGGGUAAUCUUCGGUGCGCUAGAAGAUGUACGAAAGGACCGCACCUGUAUUGUCAUCUCGCCCCUCCUGAUAACAGCCGAAAAAUGCGAUCAGGUAUGGCUGCUUCAACAAGGUCGAGUCGUAGGACAGGGCAAACAUCAGGAGCUACUUACCCGCCGGCCGAGAUAUCGCCGACUGUUUAAAGAGCUACGAAGUAAACGAUAUGAUGGGGAAAACCCUCUGUUGUCACGCUCCAAUUCGACGCAAUUAGACUCGAUUAUGUCCAGCGUGCCAGCGAGUACUGUCUCGAGUCGUUCGGUAAGCCAACAUAUGAGCCGGAAUGCAACCCCUCAGCAGCUAAGUCCCCAGCGAAAAGAUUCGAUCAUGCCCUCCUUUGACGCCGUCGAUGCUGUGGAACUGGCUCGUAGGUUGGACAAUAUCAAAACGUUGGAUUUUACCACCAAAAGUGAGCUUAGGCAAGCACCGGCUCAGAAAGACGAACAGCGGGAAACACUGCGACAGAUUUAUUUUCGAAUAGCUACUGAAAGCAGACUCCAACCGGAAAUCAAGGUUUCUCAAAACACUGUAGGUGAAACACAUAGAACCGUAGUAGCAGGGGACAGUGUUUUUCAGAAAGAUGAAAUCCAAGAAGUUGAAACAUUCCGGGAACCUAUCCUAAAUCAAUCGUCUCGAGUAAUCGAGGUGGCAGAGAUCAAGCCGAAGAAGAAACCUUCGCCAAUUGUCAUACCAAAAGAUGACGAUCUGCCACUUGAAGAAGACGUUUCAACUGACGACGAAGCUUCAACUCCGGAAACGCCUCGAAAGCGUAUCAACACGAUGAAAAUGAAAGAUCUCAGAACAUUUGAGGAAGCGCAUAACGAUAAUAAUGACGGAGAUAAAUUUUCGAGCGAGAGUGACGACGAGCACCAAAUUAUCCGAGAACUGCGAAAAAGUAAUCGACCUUCAGAUAUCAUCAAGCGAUUGUCACAGAAAAAGCUUGAUCGAGAACUUCAAUAUAUAGUAACAAGGAUUGACGCAGAGUCCUCCGGCGAGACCAGACCAGACGGCACGAGUGGCACCAUGAAGUAACGACGUUGCCUAUUCAAAGCGACCCGGUGUUAAUACGACCGCCCGCUAGCGUUCAUAACAGCAACAACUUAAUACAUAAACUAAAUAAAUAGUUGCAAUUGUAAAUAUGUGUGUAAUAAACUAUAUUUCAAUUGAAAAGGUUAUUGUCUCAGAAUAACUCAUUCAACAAAUUUACGAGCAAGAGAUCAUAAGUGGGUCUUGCUAUUGGGACUGUUGAUGGGAAUUUCUGAUACAGUUGAUCAUGUUACGAGUUCACUUAGAAUGAAUCAUCUGAUCAGAAACAGAAUUAUCUUUGCACAGGGCUGAUAACUCAAGUAGGUCGUAUAAAGAACGGAGACCCUGAGUCGCUCGAUACUAAGCGUGAGGACCAAUACACCAGAUCGAGAGACUGAAACAGUAAACACAGAAAUUCAGGCCUGACUAUUAAAUUCAGAGUGUGUAUACCAGCCACUUUAUAUAUACAGUUUGAAUAAUUAUAACUUCAUCUUUAUAGACAUAUCAUUCAUGUUUAAAAUGGAAAAAAAUACAAAUAAACAACUUUCCGAUUAAUACAGUACUGAUAAUAAUGCCAAUGCUUCAUUUAGCGGCGUUGCCUAGCUAUGCUCGUUAAAUCUUUGAAGGUCGUCAGUUUUCCGACGUCAAGUUAAGUUUUGGAAAAAAUUCGAUUGGCAUCAGUUCUAGGGCACGAACAGGAUGUUUUAUGAAACCUCUUCGUUCAGCCCAUUUAUUUAAAGAUAUCACGAUAAGAACAUAUUUGAUCAUGUCGAAAAUAAUAUUUGGUAUUUUCGUCAAGCCCCUUCCAACUGUUUUUGCAGAAAAUUUAUAUAAUUUACACCAGUUACUGCGUUGCCGAACUAGAACGGUCUAAUGAAUCCUUUGCUUAAAAUGCCGCACCACAUUGAAACUGUUAAUAAAUUUACAUAGUGUUCAUGUGUAACAGACGGACUUCAAUGUCCCUUUUUUCCCAAGCACCAUUUCCAAAUUGACUUUCUUCGGUCAUUGUCCAUUCGUUCCACGACUUUCACGAUAAUUUUCCCGCACGUUUCUUUAAACACCCUAAACAGUUCUAUCUUUUCUUCUAUCUAAAUUUGUAUUAAUUAAUAAAAGUAAUAAAUAAUUAAAUUUU